CUUACUUAUACUAUUGUCGUUAUUAUUUCAUGGUUCAUGUCUUGUUCGUAUCUCUCUUUUUGUCUAUAUUGACUUGGGUUAUACUCAAAAAGAACUUUGAACAAUGGCGUCUCACUUUUCGACUUGGUUUAUUCUCUUUAUUUGACUUUUCUUUUCAUAAUUCGUAUUGUACUUUAGACAUUAACAAAGUAUACAUCUCAUUAUCUCAAACAUAUUGGAUCACCAUUUACAUUCAAGGAAUCAACCUGACUAUUCAUACACCUCAACUAUCAAAAAGACAUAAUCAAAAAUUUAUUUUAUGGCUAUUACGAUGGAUUCGAAUUUUACUGGCUAUUCCGAUACAAUGGUGUAUCUUUUUGAUGUGUCAUUAUAUUAAGGUACAUAUGGAUCAUAUCUCUAUCAAAUAUAUGUAUUAUUGGUUACAAUUUGAUGCAUUGGACAUUCAAGCAUUAUUCUAUCGUAUCAUCCAUCAUCAUGAAACGCCAUUCUCUGAUGAACAACAAUGCUUUUCUAUGAAACAAACUCAGCACUUGUUUCGUGAUAAACAACUUGGCUUCUCCUUGAUUUUCUAUUAUCCUCGUUGUUCUAUCAUCUCUAUGCCACAACCUAUUGUACAAGCUACUACUUCUUCUCUUACUAUGAUUUUGGAUACCUCUCCUGACUGUCUAACUAUUUUGGAUACUGAUACUUCUCUUCAAUUGGAAACACUUCAAAUCUUCUUGUUGCCUCUUUUACAACUCCCUAUUAAUAAAACCAAGUCAUCUUCAAUACAGAAAUCAUUAUCAUCUUUAUUGAAGGAAAUCAACAAUGAUAAAGACACGAUCGAAACUGAAAAGACACAAUCAAUAUGGAAAUCUAUACGUGGUUUGAUCGAAAUUCAGUAUUUCAUUGUUAUAUGCGACUCUCCCAACAAUGAUACUUUCUAUACUCAAUUAAAACUUGAUAAAUUUAGUUUUACUGCUAUGAUCAAGGAACAGACAUCGUUGGAUAUAUCGGCUGAAUCAAUCACAUAUUCUUUGGUGGAUACAUCCUUCAACAACAAUAUUGAUACCGACAACAUCAUCAAUUUCCUUUAUACGUUAUCAUUGUCCAUCGUUGGUCAUCAUACUGAUACAAUAUCGAAACUAGUUGUUACACUUGAUCAUGCCGUUUUAAGCAUCAACUUACUCAAACAACAAUUAUUGACAUCUUGGGUAUCCCAUAUGGAUCAAUAUCGAAUACUUCUUUUGUCGUCAACUCAUUCCAAUAAUAGUAACAACAAUCUUGUUUCCCGCCGCCUUCCUUUUUUGGAUAUGUCACUGGUCUUACUCCUACCAAAGAUACAUUUCCAGUCGACUUUGGAUUUUCAGGGGAUGUGGUAUUGUACCAGUGUUCGAUGGUUACUAUCUGGUGAUGAUGAUUCGACAACAACUUCUUCUUCCUCCUCUUCCUCGGUAUCAUCAGCAAUGCCAACAACAACAACAACAACUACUACAACAACAGAUUCUAUUAGAUCAGCUCAUAGGAAGAAAUCCAUUGAUUUGAUCUGGCAGCAGCAACAACAACAACAAAAUGAUACAUCGUCUAUCUACAAGGUGGUUUUUUGGGUGAAUAUUGAUGAAAUGAAUAUAGAUCAUUGGCAACAUUCUAGAUGGCUUCCUUGGGUGACUUCAAAACAUCUGGAUUUGGCAAUCAAGGCAAAUAUAGCACAAAGUACUUCUCAUCAGUCUAUUCAAAACAAUUACAUUGAUAGCGUUAUUGGUAUGGAAUUGCAAGCGACAAUGGAUACUCCAAUUUUACAUCUGUGCAACAGUGUGUUAGGAUCCGAACCAUUGAUCUAUUGGGCAGCUCUUUUGAAUCCUUUAUUACCUUUAUUUACUACAUCAUCGUUAUCAUCACAAACAAAAACGCCUGGAACUUCAUUUUUACACACAUACCUUCAGUUAUAUCAACGAUCCACAGCAAGUUUAUCAAUAUUGGAUGCUAGAGUUUAUAUGGUGGGACUGGAUGAAAAACAACAACGUGCACCGCCUUCUGGAUACCUUGACAACUCACCUUUGAAUGAUAUGAUCACCAUUAUUCAAUUCUCAAUGAAGAAAUUUUGUUUGGAAACGGAAAACAAACCAUCAUCAUCACUAUUAUAUACCGGAGACCUUACUCCUCCCCCACCUCUCCUUGGCAAUCUUCGUAUAACAGUACAACAACUAGCUCUCACCCAAAUGACGACAUUUGCUGACAAGCAUAUAUCAGAAGCAAUGAAUAUGAUGGAAAAUGAAAAAGAUCUCACUACUGUCAUCGGUUGGAUUUCUCGUGUACAACUUACCCUGGCUUUUCAUUAUCAUAGUUUCAUCCCUUUACUACUUGGUGCGGACAUCAAAAUAAGGAAGAUGGCUUUCCGAUAUUCUCUUGGUAAUCAUUAUGCAUGCUUGUUGGUGGUCAAAGCUUUAUUACAUGUGGCGAACAACUGGCAGAAACAUGAAGUACGGGCACAACAUUGUAACAACAACAAGAAGAAGCAAUGGCUGACGAUCAAUCGAUUACAGUGUCAAAUAUUCAGAUUGGACCUGCAUAUUUUUUUACCUGGACAGAAUGAACUCUAUCUACGUGCUGAUGAUAUUAUUACCUCUUGGACUGCCAUUUCAGGACAUUCAUUGAAUCGAGAUGCAAUAGAAAAUGAUAACAACAAGAACAGUUCGUUCUCCAUGACGAAUAUCACUUUAUUUGGUAUGUCUCCUUCUGGCAAAAAUGAUGAUGAUGACAUUGAUAGUCGUUCUUUGGAAAUUCUUUUGGAACUGGAUGACUUGGAAUGGAUCGCUGAUAAGCCAUUGUUCCUUGAAAAUGGUGCAACAACAACGACAACAGCAUCUUCACUAGUAACGGCCAAAGCAUUGAUUAGGAUACCUCAUGGUUAUAUGAUAGCACCUAUUGUGGAAAAUAUCAUCAAUUUGGUAAAAGGAAUCCGGGAACUACACUUACGUAUCAUGGAUAAAGGCAACUCAUACUAUACCUACUUUGGACCUAUUCCUCGCAAUACACCUAUACGAUUACCAUCUGUUAUACUUCAGUGCAAUCAGUUGAUGGUUCGUUUGGAUGAUGACCCUUUUGAAGUCAAACUUCGCGCCAUCUUUUCUGCUGGAUUAACUGAACAAGUCAAACGUCUUAGCCUGGAAAACGAAUUUGAAAAGGAAAAAUGGCGACACCAACAAGAUGGACAACAGCAAUACUGGACAUCUUCUCCUUCAUCAUCUGCUAUUGAUCCUAGUUCUCGGCAACGUUCAACAAUCAACAAUAUUGGCGACAACAACAAAUUAAUCAAUGAUCGAAUUGGAGCAGCACAACAACGACUAUGGGAAAUGCAUUCUGAAUCAUGGAUCAAAUGUAUACAUCACUAUCAUCAAACAGAAAUUGAAACUCAUAAACAUCUUCGACAAUCUGACUACCGUUAUCGAUGUGUUGUGGAAUCUCUAGACGCAGCUUAUGACGAUAGUGAUACCGGAAUAGGGAACACUGACUGCUUGGGCGAUGAUACUGGUGGCGAUCUCUCCGACCUUUUCCGUAUAAACAUUAUUCCUUUGCCACUUUAUGCACCUCUUGGCCAAUUGACAUUAUCAGAAACGAUUCUCACUAUCAGCCAACAGCAACGACAACAACAAGAAGAAGAUAAUGAUGAUGGAUUAUUCCCUUUGGAUGAAACAAUACCUUUUAUUCAUAAGGUGGGGAAAGGUGUGCCUCUAGAAACCAGCUUUUCAUUCCUAAUUCCAUUCCAUCUUCAUUGGCAAUCUGGAAAAACGCUAGUGCAAGUACGUGAUUAUCCUUUACCGCUUUUACAUGUGCCAACAUCUACUGAUCACGAUCAACAUUCAUAUCAAGCGAGCUAUCCUUUUGCAAAUCCAGUAGCUUGGUCUCUCAGUGGGAAUUAUGUUAUAGCCGACGAUCUUGGUAUCAAGGAAGGGUCACGUAUUCUUAGUUUAGAUACUGUUACUACUAUGGUAGCAAGGGAUGAUCAAUAUAUACCAUCUUCUCUUUACAACAUUCAAGUGGUUCGUACAGCUUCACCCACAAAAGUUUACUCGGUGGUAGAUUACACUGUUUUCACAAAACACAAGUCCAUUAUUUGUUGGUCAGUCUCCUAUCAACCAGCAAUGCAAGAUAUUUUAGAAAUCCUGGAACGUAUUACACCUGUCUCUGUAGAUCCUUCUGCCAAGAUUGGAUUCUGGGAUAAAUUACGAUUGAUGAUCCAUACAAAAGUGAAAAUCAAAUUUUCCGGUGAUUUUGCUGUUGUCGUCAAGGGAACACGAGAUCCUUACAAAUUGACAGGUCGUGGAGCUGGGAUGGCUAAACUAUGGCGUGGACAAGUAGUCUGGACUCUUGGUUAUGACAAUCCUCAACAAGAAUUUACACAAGUUCAAAGUAACAGUUACAUCUUGGGUGUUCCUGACUUGUUACGUGGUGGUUAUUCUUCUUCUCUUGCUGGUCAAGAUGAAUGUUUGUUUUUGAAGACAGUGAUCAAGUUAUCGGAUGGUGUACAAAUGGGUAUUGGUUGUCAUUUGGAACGUACAUGUUUAUCUGGUUGUCAAGUCUGUUAUGAUGGAACUCAACAAUGUCGUUUCUUGUAUUUCAAGCCUCAUCAUCAAGUUGUAUUCAAAUCCAAAGAUCAUGUGGGAGAUUCUUAUCAUGACGCAUAUUCUGGUUUUCGAUCCAAUUUUAUUCAUCUAUCGUUCAGUAUUAUCAAGACAUCAACAAAUACAACAACAAGUUCCUUGAAUGAAACAGAAAUGUUAUCUGGUGACAACAAUAGAAAUGCCAUGCACCUUAGUCCUCAUUUUAUCCAGCAUUUCCUUCAAUGGUAUGGUAUUUUUGGUGGUCCUCUCUCCUUACCUAUCCGACGUGGUCCGCUCUUCCAUAAGGAUCAAGAGAUUGAUCCACCUAUCAAAUUGGGUCGGCAUCUUCAGUCAUUGAAAUACAAAAUCAUGGUUCAACCUAUGUCGUUUGGGUAUUUUUGCAUAAUGGAUGAGCAAAGGGAGGACGAUGUUGGCGUGGACGGUGUUGGACUCAAAGUAAAUGUGCAUCAUUUCUGUGUGGACGUGCAUCAAAGAAGAAAACAACAACCGUUUGAUGUGACUGGUGAAGAAAAUGAACUUUAUCGGGUCAAAUCCAAUUGGCCCUUACAUCAAGUCGAAAUUCAAUUGCGUCAUGUGGAUCUACGUGCUAUUUACACUACCCAUGGGACCUUCUCUCCUUCACAUUCAACCAGUGACGAAAGCAUAACUUCCGAUGAUACUCUCUGGAUUGAUCAUGAUGAUUUUAUAGAUAUGGGAUGGAAUAUCAAGUCAUCGAAAAUCAUGGCCCUUUCAGCCAAAGCGCUUCCUUUUGCUUUUUCUCCCAGUGUUGAAUAUGUCAAGACUUUGGAUCCGAUUUAUGUGGAAAGACAUCAUCAUUUGAAAAGUACACAUGCUUGUAUUAUGGGAACAUCAAAAGAUGCUUUGAAGAUUCAAUUGGAUUAUCUCUAUCAACGUAUUGGUGUUGUAGAAGAACAAAUUCGACAUCAUCAAGAAUUACUUGAAACUACGGAAAUGCAUUUAUCUAAAAAGGCUUAUAGCGUUGAUUUAUUACAAGAGGCAAACGAAAUAAUGGCUACGAUUACAAAGUUGAACACAAGACGACAUCUCUUGUCCAAGUGUAUCCAGAAAAUGAUGAAUUUAUCGACAAUAAAUCCAACCUCAUCUGCCACUUCUAGCGAUAGACAGCAAUCAAAUCACGAAUCAACCUAUCUAGAUGACAAUACUUUGAAAGAUUGGGAAAGACUAAUGGGACGCUUCAAGGAACGCUAUACAAUUCAUAACCCACAGAUUAUUUGGACAACCCAAGUGCACGAUAUUGUCAGCAGGUGGAGAGAUGCUAGAGCCCAAUAUUAUAUCCAUUCUUACAACAUCUCCAGUAGAGCUACUCAGCUAUUACGUGAAUUGGUGGAAAGGUAUUCUGCACAUGAAGAUCUGCAACAACAACAACGACAGUAUUGGUCAAACAAUGGCAACCAAAAAGACAACAGUAUUAUCAAUGAUAAAAAUGAUGAUCAAGAUCUGAACUCUAAUUCGGCGAUGCAUCUGUUGAACAAAUUAUGGGCGGAUAGAAAAGAGCAUUUUGUUGUGUUGAAUGAACAAAAGACGACAAAUAAUAGUGACGACAAUGAUCCACCAUUGAACAACAACAAACCAUACGGCUCAGACAAUAAUCCUCAUUUCCAACUUGAUCAAAUUCCUGAAGGAUAUGAUUCUGAAAAUAUGACUCUAAUCGAUCUUUGGAACCCCCAAGUUUUCUUACAAGGCAACAAUCAUCAAGAUCGUGGUAUCCUAGUGACGAAUGAAAGGGUCCAAGUGAAACAAUUUGAAAUCAUUGAAACGGAUAAUUGUGAUGUGGAUACAUGUAUGGUGAAAAAGCGGACGGUGGCAAGUAUGGAUGGAGUACAACUCUUUGUAGUUAAACGUGGACCCAUGGACCCAGUAGAUCUCUUAUUGGACAAUCAUUAUGGUGUAUUAGAACAAAUAACAAGAAAAAAACAUGUUUUAUCACCUUGGAUUCCUCCGGAAAUGUUGAUGGAUGACUAUAUUGGGAAAUAUCAUCAUUCGGAACGAUUUGUUCGAUUUGACAGUAGUAUCAUUGGAACCAUUCAAUAUGAUCGUUAUAAUCCUAUACGUUCGUCUUCGGCAUACCAAUCCAACAACAACAACAGUCAGCCUGAUUGGGAAGAUCAAUGUAAUUCAACUCAUCUUGAUUUUCCAAAUUUUACAUUUACUGCCAACCCUUACCAAUACAGUGUUCUAUAUCAAGUGAUUGUUGACAUUAUUUUAUUCAGAAAGGAACCACGACUUGUUGAAAGAACAAAUAGACUACGGGAUAUCACGUUCUCCAUCUAUGCUAGUGGUGAUAGUCCAAGCAAGAUACUUGAAGAUGUAAUGGAACUGCAAGAGAAAAUACGCUUCUAUUCUGGGAAAAUGGACGAUUAUUAUCAACAAUACAUUCUUUCUAGUAUGAGCAACGCUCUUUUAGAUAUCAAGGAUCAAGGCGAUUGUCAAGUCUUACAACAACACUAUCAUUCAGCACGACAAAAAAGAGGGGUAUAUCAAGAAGCUUUAUUUUUACUUAUGCAAUCAUUCAAACAAAUCAUGCAUAAAUAUCAUCAACAUGGGUCAAUCAACAACAAGGAUGAUAAUAAUAGGUUGAAUGCAAAUUCCACCGAAAGGUCAAACAACAAUAUUGUGAAUCAGUCGAUAGGAAAGCUUCGAAUCUCAGUCGAAUCACUUGUAUGGAAAAUGUUGCAAGAUGAUGGCUCACCUUUCAGUCAAUGGGAUCUUUCCAACACCAACUAUAUGCUCAUCACUCAUAAAGAUCAAAGUCUUUGUCAUACCAUCGAAAUAGACAAGUUAGUGGUCAAGAAUACUUCUUUAUCUCCGGUAUAUAAACAAGUAGUGGGUCCCUUUUUUGAAAAGGAACGCAAUCCAUCCAUUGAUAGUCAAAUGACGCAUGAUUUCUCUCGGCACAAGAUGAUUUAUGGUCGACUUGUUUCCCUUCAACCUGUAGGCGGUAUUUCUGUUAUUCAACACUUAGAAAUCAAUCUCUUCCCUCUUCGACUUCAAUUAACUUAUGGUUUUUGGCGUGCUCUUGUAGCCUAUCUGUUUCCUCCUUCUCCUCCUCCUUUGUCUUCAAAUUCUCCAUCUUCCUCUGUGGUGUCCAUCUCAGCUAUUCAACCAUCAUCAUCAAAACCGAUACUACAACGAGAAAGGACAUUUGAUCAUCAUCCUUUUGAUUUUACACAACAACACGAUACGAUUUCUUUACAUAGCAACGCGGAUACUGGUACAUGGUUUGGUGGUGGAAAUGAAAAACAAUCGAUAUUUGGCAGAACAUCAGCCCCUCCAUCUAUACAUCAUCCUGUACAAAAAGACAGUGCAACAACAACGAAACGAACAUCCUGGGUGAAUGGGGCAUUGCCGAAAUUAUCUAGUAGAAGACGAUCAAGCACGGUGGAUGACUUACAAGAUGAUAAUGAUUUGACCAUUAUGAAACAACGGGCUUCCAACAACAAGACUUUUAUUUUGAUCAAAAUUCCUGGAGCAAAGCACUGUCUUAGUUUUCAGGGUGCCAAAUCUAUUUAUGAUUUAGAAAACUUUCGUUUUCGUCAACCACAUUUGGAAUAUCGCAACAAGACAUGGUCAUGGUACGAUUUGGUCAAUGCAUUGAAAAAAGAUUUUCGAAAGGCUGUGAUCAAGCAUAGUCCUGCACUUAUCAAGGAAAAACUCAAACCAAGACGACUUCUUAGUGAUCCAAACAAAACCAGUGUACAUGAACAAACGACUCAUCAUACAACAUCUUCAGCAUGUUCCUCAGACCUUGUGGUGCCUGAUAUAUCGCAAGGUAUGGUUGAUCUUGGGAUUGACGGAUGGUUUGAUGAUGAUGAUGAUGACAACAGUAGUGAAAGUAGCAAUGACAAGUUAAGCGACAUUUAUUAUCAAGGCAUAUUGGACACGUUUUUAGACGAUUUGAAUGUUGGUAAUAUCUCAGAUAAUAAUAACGACGAUGAUGAUUUGGUGUCAUUACAUUCAAAUGGUGAAGGACGACGGCCUACUUUUAAAAAAUUAAGUGCAAGGAAUUAUCAUCAAGGUGAGAACAGUUUGCUUGGGAAAGCAUUCAGAUGGCUUCCUUCCUCCUCCUCAUUGUCACCUAAAAAGGGGAAAUACAAGCAAGAUGUUGAUACUAUGGAUGAUCAUACUCAACGAUUACUCAAAGGAAGACUCUUAUUUGGAAAAUCAUAUCGCUAGUAACCCACUUUUUUUUUUUUUAAUCAUUAAUUAGUGUAUUCCCUUUGUUCAAAAUACCACUUUGUACAACGUUUUAUAUUUUCAUGUUUUACCAAUAAACCAAGAAAGUACGGUGUUUAAAAGUAC